UUCCAGUAGUGGUCAAAAGGAGUCAACAAGCACCAUUUCGAUGUCGAAAAGGGUUCACCUCACAAAAUAUGAUGGCUGCGGUGUCAUUUGAUCUUAAUUUUUUAUUUGUAUGCACAGGAUGGGAAGGCUCUGCUGCCGAUAUGAGAGUACUUCGAUGGGCAUGCGAAAGAGGUGGUUUCGUUGUUCCCGAAGGCAAGUAUUACUUAGUAGACUCGGAAUAUGCAAAUACUGAAGAAUUUCUUGCACCCUAUAGAGGAGAGCGUUACCAUAUUAGUCAGUUUGACGCAAGCACACGAGCCCGCGUUCAUCGAAAUCCACGAGAUUUGUAUAACCACCGGCAUGCUCAAUUAAGGAAUGUGGUUGAGAGAACAUUUGGCAUUUUGAAGAAGCGUUUCAAAAUUCUAAAUGUAGCAACACCAUUUUCGUAUAAAGUUCAAUGCUUGAUUGCUAUGGCAUGUUGUAUAAUACAUAACUUUAUUCGCCGUCACCAAGCAAAUGAUAACAUUUUUCCUGAUGAGGGUCCAGAUGAACAGAACGCUGAAAAUGAAGGUGGAGUGGACGAUUUAGUGGGAGUAAUUGAGGACUCCCAAAAUGGUGAGGAUCUACGUGCUAAUAUUACAAAUCAAUUGUGGAACACUAGAAUAUAAUUUUAUAUAAAUUAGAUAAUUGUAUUGAUAUUUGGUAGAAAUGAGUGUAGUGGUUAUAUUGUUAUUUGACAAUUGGGGCUGAUUAUGAUGUAUGAGAUAGAUAUACUUUGUAACACUUGUUUUUUUAUGUCUGUUAUGGAACAUGUAUUAAUGUUAUAUAUUGUGAUGAUAUUUUCUGCGUUGAAUAUUGGUAGGUAGAUAUGUUGGUAG